ACAAUUUUCAUCAACGAAGUAAAUUAUCUACUUCCUAACCUCAAAGUCAAAAAUGUAUUUACGAAAAUAAUAAAUACGCAACAAAAAGGAAUUACACAAAAACCCGUGUUGGUUAUUAAAGUUAAUUAGGGGCUAAGAGCCUUAGUAAACUCUAUUCUUUAUCAUGUGGUGGUGACGUCACCACUGGCCAUGUCACUGAUCCGGGUGCUCCACUGCACCGUGUGCCUGCGGCACGGCGCCGGCCCCGCCCGGUCGGUGCUGCUGCAGAUUGGACACAGCACAUCAACGCAGCAAGUGGCGCGCCUCACCACGACAUGCUGUUGGCAGAGCAAGCUGCCCAUCACGACGCAGACACAGGCGGCGGCGGCGAGCAAGCCAAAGGUGGCGCCUCAAGACACGCGCGCGUGGAAGGAGACGCCAUCUAGCGACCGCAGCAAAAACAUUCUGAAGUACUGCAUGAUGCUGUCCAAGUUUAGGCUGAGUUCGCUAGUAGUAAUGACCUCCAUGGCGGGCUACGCGCUAGCCCCCGCUCCGUUCUGCCCCUGGACAUUCUCCGUGUGUGCUCUGGGCACGGGGCUGGUCUCCGCCGCCGCCAACUCUGUGAACCAGUACUACGAGGUGCCCUUCGACGCGCAGAUGAACAGGACCAAGAAUCGGGUGCUGGUUAAGGGGCUUUUGGAACCAUACCACGCGAUAGGCUUUGCCUCAAUAACCGCGACUACAGGGCUGUCCAUGUUGUACUUCGGAGUGAACCCGCUGACGGCUGCGCUGGGUGCUACCAACCUCAUCCUGUAUACGAGCGUCUACACGCCGAUGAAGCGCAUCUCUAUAGCCAAUACUUGGGUGGGGUCUGUCGUCGGCGGCAUCCCCCCGCUAAUGGGGUGGGCGGGGUGCGCCGGUACCCUCGACUCAGGAGCUUUACUCCUGGGGCUGAUCCUCUACUCGUGGCAGUUCCCGCACUUCAACGCGCUCUCGUGGAACCUGCGGCCAGACUACUCCAAGGCGGGGUACCGGAUGAUGGCUGUUACUAAUCCUGGUCUGUGCCGGCGCGUGGCGCUGCGCCACACCGUCGUGAUCACGGCGGCGUGCCUGGCCGCGCCGCACGUGGGCGUCACCAACGCGUGGUUCGCGCUUGAGUCUCUGCCGCUCAACCUCUACUUCACCUACUUGGCCUGGGAAUUUUACAAGAAAUCCGACAGCAGUAGCUCCAGAAAGCUAUUCAGAUUCUCUCUGGUGCACCUCCCGGCGCUGAUGUUACUCAUGUUGGUGAACAAGAAGUACUGGAGCUCCAGCGACACGCAAGAACAGGAAUCAUCAACUGACCUCAAGCUGGCUGACUCACUCAUCACAGUAUUGCCCAGACCGCGCGGCCCCGUCGUCGCCGCCCAAGAAACAAACACCGCUUCGUAAUGGUACUUAGCUACACUAAUGUAGACAAUUUAAAAUAAUAAUUAUAAUUUAUUUUCGUUAUUGUAUGUAUAAAUAAUGUACAAAGAUGUCUUUGUAGAAAGUUUGUGAUGUAAAUAAUAAAUCGUUAACCUGAGAUUUGAUUAGUUUCUAAUCAAAACCGACGCAGUCAGUUUCUGUGAGUAGUUCCUUUGUUAAAUAUAUUUUUAAAGCAGGAAUAAAUAAGAAAUGUGCUGGUAAAA